GCCGGCCGCGGAACCGACGGCCGCGUGUGCUGCUGCGACCCGGACUGGCUCGAGCGUGGCACGCACGGCCUGGCCUCUGUUCGGCGUCCCCUCGGUGGGGAAUGGCGGUUGGACUUGCGGCCCGCUGGGCUCUGUAAAUGCUGCAUUCUUCACCCUGACCCUCUAAAGAGAACAGUACUACCUUUAUGGCGGGGAUUUUGCGCUCAGUAGUCCAGAUACCCCCAGGCCAACUACAGACUGCGACAAAAGGCGUGGAGUCUCUCAUUGGUACAAAUUGGAUUCGUCAUAAAUUUACCAGAUCAAGAAUUCCAGAUAAAGUGUUUCAGGCUUCACCUGAAGACCAUGAAAAGUAUGGCGGGGAUCCACAGCACCCUCACAAGCUACACAUUGUUACUAGAAUAAAAAGUACACAAAGACGUCCAUAUUGGGAAAAAGAUAUUAUAAAGAUGCUUGGAUUACAAAAGGCACAUACCCCUCAAGUCCACAAGAACAUUCCUUCGGUGAAUGCAAAAUUGAAAGUAGUCAAGCACUUGAUAAGAAUCAAGCCCCUGAAGCUGCCACAAGGACUUCCAACAGAAGAGACUAUGUCCAACACUUGUCUCAAAAGCACAGGAGAGUUAGUAGUGCAGUGGCAUCUAAAGCCUGUUGAGCAAGGAGCAGAGUCCUGAUGCCACAACAGUUGCAGAUUAGAAAUGCAAGUGUCUUUCAUCUAAAGUCAAUGACAAAGUAUUCUCAUUAAAGUAUGUUUUAAAUUCCAGUCA